AUGAGUGGACUUCCACCAAUAUUUAUAUGUCAUUCCCUGGCCAAACGGUUUGCCAGAGUUAUUGGUAUAACAUUAGGGAAAAGGGCGUACUUCAAACAUAAUAGUGCCCGAAAUGGCUUAUCGGCUUAUUGUGACACCAUCAGCAACGUUCACGUCCUGGGCCACAGUGUGACAUGGGGACAAGUCUUAUUCUUUUUCAAUGCAUGCUUUUACUUCUGCCACUUACAAGUGACAUUUGCAAAUGUGCUGUCUUAUGGGAAGGGAUCUCCGUGUCUUCAUUCUGCAUCAGAAUAUGACCUGGUCUCUGCCUACGAGGUUGACCACAGGGGCGAUUACGUGUCCCACGAAAUCAUGCACCAUCAACGGCGGCGAAGAGCAGUGACCACGUCAGGGGUUGAGUCUCUUCACCUUCGGCUGAAAGGCUCCAGGCAUGACUUCCACAUGGAUUUGAGGACUUCCAGCAGCCUGGUGGCUCCCGGCUUUAUUGUGCAGACGUUGGGAAAGACAGGCACUAAGUCUGUGCAGACUUUACCGCCAGAGGACUUCUGUUUCUAUCAAGGCUCUUUGCGAUCCCACAGAAACUCGUCAGUGGCCCUUUCAACCUGCCAAGGCUUGUCAGGCAUGAUACGAACAGAAGAGGCAGAUUACUUCCUAAAGCCACUUCCUUCACACCUCUUGUGGAAACUCAGCAGCGCUGCCCAGGGCAGCUCCCCAUCCCACAUACUAUAUAAGAGAUCCACAGAGCCCCACGCUCCUGGGGCCAGUGAGGUCCUGGUGACCUCCAGGACGUGGGAGCUGGCGCAUCAACCCCUGCACAGCGGUGACCUUCACCUGGGACUGCCACAAAAACAGCAUUUCUGUGGAAGACGCAAGAAAUACAUGCCCCAGCCUCCCAAGGAAGACCUCUUCAUCUUGCCAGAUGAGUAUAAGUCUUGCUUACGGCAUAAGCGCUCUCUUCUGAGGUCCCAUAGAAAUGAAGAACUGAACGUGGAGACCUUGGUGGUGGUCGACAAAAAGAUGAUGCAAAACCACGGCCAUGAAAAUAUCACGACCUACGUGCUCACGAUACUCAACAUGGUAUCUGCUUUAUUCAAAGAUGGAACAAUAGGAGGAAACAUCAACAUUGCAAUUGUAGGUCUGAUUCUUCUAGAGGAUGAACAGCCAGGGCUGGUGAUAAGUCAUCACGCAGACCACACCUUAAGUAGCUUCUGCCAGUGGCAGUCUGGAUUGAUGGGGAAAGACGGGACUCGUCAUGACCACGCCAUCUUACUGACUGGCCUGGAUAUAUGUUCCUGGAAGAAUGAACCCUGUGACACUUUGGGAUUUGCACCCAUAAGUGGAAUGUGUAGUAAAUAUCGCAGCUGCACAAUUAAUGAAGAUACAGGUCUUGGACUGGCCUUCACCAUUGCCCAUGAGUCUGGACACAACUUUGGCAUGAUUCAUGAUGGAGAAGGGAACAUGUGCAAAAAGUCCGAGGGCAACAUCAUGUCCCCUACGUUGGCAGGACGGAAUGGGGUCUUCUCCUGGUCUCCCUGCAGCCGCCAGUAUCUACACAAAUUUCUAAGCACUGCUCAAGCUAUCUGCCUUGCUGAUCAACCAAAGCCUGUGAAGGAAUAUAAGUAUCCUGAGAAAUUGCCAGGAGAAUUAUAUGAUGCAAACACACAAUGCAAGUGGCAGUUCGGAGAGAAAGCCAAGCUCUGCAUGCUGGACUUUAAAAAGGACAUCUGUAAAGCCCUGUGGUGCCAUCGUAUUGGAAGGAAAUGUGAGACUAAAUUUAUGCCAGCAGCAGAAGGCACUAUUUGUGGGCAUGACAUGUGGUGCCGGGGAGGACAGUGUGUGAAAUAUGGUGAUGAAGGCCCCAAGCCCACCCAUGGCCACUGGUCAGACUGGUCUUCUUGGUCCCCAUGCUCCAGGACCUGCGGAGGGGGAGUGUCUCAUCGGAGUCGCCUCUGCACCAACCCCAAGCCGUCGCAUGGAGGGAAGUUUUGCGAGGGCUCCACUCGCACUCUGAAGCUCUGCAACAGUCAGAAAUGUCCCCGGGACAGUGUUGACUUCCGCGCCGCUCAGUGUGCUGAGCACAACAGCAGACGAUUCAGAGGGCGGCACUACAAGUGGAAGCCUUACACUCAGGUGGAAGAUCAGGACUUAUGCAAACUCUACUGUAUCGCAGAAGGAUUUGAUUUCUUCUUUUCUUUGUCAAAUAAAGUCAAAGAUGGGACUCCAUGCUCGGAGGAUAGCCGUAAUGUUUGUAUAGAUGGGAUAUGUGAGAGAGUUGGAUGUGACAAUGUCCUUGGAUCUGAUGCUGUUGAAGAUGUGUGUGGGGUGUGUAACGGGAAUAACUCAGCCUGCACGAUUCACAGGGGUCUCUACUCCAAGCACCACCACACCAACCAGUAUUAUCACAUGGUCACCAUUCCUUCUGGAGCCCGGAGUAUCCGCAUCUAUGAAAUGAAUGUCUCUACCUCCUACAUUUCUGUGUGCAAUGCCCUCAGAAGGUACUACUUGAAUGGGCACUGGACCGUGGACUGGCCCGGCCGGUACAAAUUUUCAGGCACUACUUUCGACUACAGACGGUCCUAUAAUGAGCCCGAGAACUUAAUCGCUGCUGGACCAACCAAUGAAACACUGAUUGUGGAGCUGCUGUUUCAGGGAAGGAACCCAGGUGUUGCCUGGGAAUACUCCAUGCCUCGCUUGGGGGCCGAGAAGCAACCCCCUGCCCAGCCCAGCUACACUUGGGCCAUCGUGCGCUCUGAGUGCUCCGUGUCCUGCGGAGGUGGACAGAUGACUGUGAGAGAGGGCUGCUACAGAGACCUGAAGUUUCAAGUAAAUACAUCUUUCUGCAAUCCCAAGACUCGACCUGUCACGGGGCUGGUGCCUUGCAAAGUAUCCGCCUGUCCUCCCAGCUGGUCCGUGGGGAACUGGAGUGCCUGCAGUCGGACGUGCGGCGGGGGUGCCCAGAGCCGCCCCGUGCAGUGCACACGGCGCGUGCACUAUGACUCGGAGCCAGUCCCGGCCAGCCUGUGCCCACAGCCUGCUCCCUCCAGCAGGCAGGCCUGCAACUCUCAGAGCUGCCCACCGGCAUGGAGCACCGGGCCCUGGGCAGAGUGCUCACACACCUGUGGGAAGGGGUGGAGGAAGCGGGCAGUGGCCUGUAAGAGCACCAACCCCUCGGCCAGAGCGCAGCUGCUGCCCGACACUGUCUGCACCUCAGAGCCCAAGCCCCGGAUGCAUGAAGCCUGUCUACUUCAGCGCUGCCACAAGCCCAGGAAGCUGCAGUGGCUGGUGUCCGCCUGGUCCCAGUGCUCUGUGACAUGUGAAAGAGGAACACAGAAAAGAUUCUUAAAAUGUGCUGAAAAGUAUGUUUCCGGAAAGUAUCGAGAGCUGGCCUCAAAGAAGUGCUCGCAUUUGCAGAAGCCCAGCCUGGAGCUGGAACGUACCUGUGCCCCACUUCCGUGCCCCAAGCACCCCCCGUUUGCUGCUGCAGGACCCUCGAGGGGCAGCUGGUUUGCCUCACCGUGGUCUCAGUGCACAGCCAGCUGUGGGGGUGGCGUUCAGACGAGGUCCGUGCAGUGCCUGGUGGGGGGCCGGCCGGCCUCAGGCUGCCUCCUGCACCAGAAGCCUUUGGCCUCCCUGGCCUGCAACACUCACUUCUGCCCCAUUGCAGAGAAGAAAGAUGCCUUCUGCAAAGACUACUUCCGCUGGUGCUACCUGGUACCCCCGCACGGGAUGUGCAGCCACAAGUUCUACGGCAAGCAGUGCUGCAAGACCUGCUCCAAGUCCAACCUGUGA